AUGCUAGACGAACUCAUGAAGGCUCUGGAGCGCGACAACCAGGAGUGGAUCCUCUUCGGGGAGGGCAAGGAUGUCGUGGACCUUAUUGUCAAGGAUGUCGUGGACCUUAUUGUCAAGGCGGUGCGGCCUUCGAUGCUACAGUCGGUCGUAAAGAAGCAAAUUCAACUACAGCGCAACAAGCCGUUGCGUAUGGAUGUGUUUUCGCUUCGUUCGUUGGCUGCGGACGUUCGCAGCCGGCUACCAAAUACUGCCCCUGGUGAGGCGCAAACCCUCCUAGCAGCGCAGAUGCAAAGUAAGGAUGCCCGUGAGGCGCGUCCGACUGCAAAUGUAAUCGAUCUCGGCACGACCGGGUUGAAGAUCGAAGGAGGAGUCACCGUGGCGGACGUCGUCGUAGUGGACAACCUGCUACAUGACACGAGUGCCAACGUCAACGUGGCAUCUGUGGGGCUGGUUGCGUCUCUGGAGAAGGAGAGCGUGGCGACCCAAUUGUUUACGACACGCCGACGGCCCUGUAACCGUACGGCAAAGCGACCAAGCGCGUGCUCCUAA